AUAAAAAACUCACCCGUUCAAACAAACUUGUUUGUAACACUUGUGGUACAACAGAUAUUCUGUCACAAGUCAAUGAUCAUUGUGUAUCCACAGAAAGUUUGUCAGAAGUUAAUGAUUGCAGUAGUUCAGCAGAAAUUUUGCUCCAAGUUAACGAUUAUAGUGCAUCCAUUGGUAUCUCAUCUCAACCUAAUGGUUGUGGUAGUUCAACAGAAAUUUCAUCAGAAAUUAGUGGUCCUGGUCAACCAGUGGAACAAUCAAUAAUUGUUGAUUUCCAUAAAUCUGUACAAGAAGGACCUAUUCAUGUAUGCCAAUGCUGUAAACAAACUUGGUUCAAAGAAAGUGUUUCGAAGGCUGUAAACAUACCUGAUGGCAUCCUUCAGCAGUGCCAGAUGUUCAGCAUCAAGAAACUGAAGGCUUCAAAGCCGAAGCCGUAUUCCAACCCACUUAAAGUAAAAGUGAUUGGGGUCGGUGAUAAGUCGACGUACACAACAGCCGAUGGUAAAGAAAAACAGCUUGUUCCACUUGGGGUUGCAGAUAAAGAGGACUCUAUAAAAGUGUCCUUGUAUGAAGUUGACAAAUUACCAUUAUUGAAGGCAGGAGAAUGCGUGGUUCUAUCGAACUACGUAUACAGAGCGGACCCUCAUCCAACAAUAGUGGUCACUGCAGUGACCAGAGUCAUGAAAACCUCAGCCUUUGCGGUUCCAGAAGAUGUCAAAUUAACAGCAAAGGCAAUUGCAAAUCCUGCCCCAGCCAAAAUCAUAACGAUCCACGAUGCCAAAAAGAGCCCUAUCAAAUCCUUGGUAUCGAUAAAAGGACGAGUUAUUUCGGAGGAAAUAAUUCGAACAGUACAAGUAAGAGGAACAGAUGUCCAGGUACGGAAUGUAAGGGUAAAGGAUGGAACCGAGGAAGUAAAGGUGGCAUUAUGGCGUGACCAAGUCGAUGGGUGCAAAGUUGGAGAAUUCUUAGAAUUCUCUAAUUUGGUGACCAACUCGUACAUGGAUGAGGUUUCCUUGUCAACAACACAAAGAACAAAAAUACAGCCAUGUGAUGCUCCCCCAUCAAUGCUAACAGGAACAGUCAUUGCCUAUGAAAAAUCUGAAUUUGGAUUUUCCAUUAUGGUGGAAGACGGAGACACAUUUCAGACAGUUGGUAUCCCCAUAAAUAUGGUCCGUGACGCUCUCGAAUGUGAUGAGAAUAGUGUUGAAGACACUUUAUCCAUUAGAAUACCAUUCAGUGUGGCAGUGGGAACCACAAACGGAAUUGUCUCUUCAUUUGCUUUAGUGUGAACUUUUUAUGCACUGUUGGUGAUUGCCAUCCUGACCAUAUUUUGGGUUUUUUGCUUUAUGAUUAUGCUUUUUCAUGUAUAUUCAGUACUUUGCUGUAUACUGUUAAUUAAGAUCUGAACUCGGAUAAAUGUUAUGUUUGAAUACUUUUCUGUAUUUGGAAUGCACGUUGUGCAUUUUGAAAUGUUGGAGAAUUUUAUCACUUAUUUAAACUGCUUGUUUUUUAAAUUUUUGUUGUCACUGGAUAUAUGAUAGAGAAUAUUUUGCCUUUUGACAUUCUGUAGUUUAUUGCUUAUAAUUAAGCACUUCAUUGUUACAGUCUGUAUGACUUAUCUGUUUUAAGUCAAGUGCAAUAUGAACACAUCAUUCACUGUAUGUUCUGACA